AUGGCCGAUGAGCUAUUUAAUGAUCUACUGGGACCAACGCCGGGAUCCUCGGUGUCUGGGAAAGCUCCUGCUGUGGCACCCGCAAGCUCUACAAGAGCUGCAUAUCCCAAGAUAAGACCGAUUAAUGUGGUGGACGAGGAAGGGAGCAGCGCAGGAUCAGCGCUGGGGGUAGCGGAAGUUAGCAAAGCGACUGUGACCCUCACUGCGGAAGACCUCUCCGCGCUGGUAGAAAAGGGCAUUGAAACCGCCCUCGAAGCUACUUUCAGCAAGUUUGUGCGAAGCUUGCGGACGGUUCUUGAGGAUGUAACACGACGCAUCUCUUCGCAAGAAGCAACUGCCGUGGAGCUGCGCGCAGCUAUCGCUGACCUGCGUGAGGCAGUUACUACGCAGCCUGAAGACCUACACAUUCGUUUUACAAACCUUGACAUGGCGAUUAAGGAAGUAGAACGGGGCGUGCAGGCACUGCGCGAUCGGCAGGAGCUCAUUGAGGCACAGGAGCUGCUGGCGCGCAUGUCCGCGGACACGUCCCGCACCAAGGGCCACACCUCAACUGCCGGAGCUCCCGCUGUGGCAGCACCUCCUGUAUCGACGCCACCUGCUGCGGAAGCCCCGGCACCGGCAACUGCAGCCCCGGCAGCGCCUGCUCCCUCACUUGCGCCUGCGCCAUCGUCCGCUCCCCUUGCAGCUGCGUCUCCAGCCCCGGCAGUUCCCGCAGCGGCGCCAGCUGCCCCUGGCCCCCCUCCACCUGUCGCGCCACAAGCUCCUGCCGCCCCCACGGCGGCGGCACCCAUGAUGCCCGUCCCACAGCAAGCCCCGUACGGCACCCAGCAGGGCCCCUAUAGCAUGCCUUUCCCACAGCAGGCAACUCCGGCUCCGACCCACAUGCCAGCACCCGCUGGGUAUCCCAUCCCUGGACCGAUAGGCGUGCCAGGGGCGCCGCCAUUGCCUAUGCCGCAUCAGCAACAGCCCCAACAGGGCCCUGCCGAGCAGCAGCAGCAGCAGCUGCAGCCCCAACCGCAGCCGCAACCACACCAACAGCCGCACAUGCAGGCGCCUCAGUACCCAUACCAGUUGCCUCCCCAGCAGCAGCAGCAGCAGCAGCCAGCGCACGCACCGCACUUGCCGCAAGUGUACCCGGCGCCAUACGGCUCGAUGCUGGGAAUGGACGCACCACCCCGUGCUCCGGCAAUGCCCACUUCGCACGGUAUGCCGCCGCCACCGACACCGCCGCCAGCAGGUGGUGGUGGCGCGGGUCCUGCCCCGGGGGCCGUAGGCGACCUCCGCGGCGGCCCUCCGCCGCUGCAGAUGGUGAGCUACCCACCCCCGCCCAGCGGCAUCCACGGCUACCCGGCGCCCUCCUCGGUAAUGCCCGGAGUGUCUGUACCCAGCAUGUACGCCCGGCCCACAGCACCCGCCGCGGGCUACCGAGGCUCUUCGCAGCCGCAGCCAUCCACCAGCGGCGGUGGCGGCAGCGGGCCGACUGGCAGUCGUACGGUGCCUUUGGACAAGAUCAUUGCGGACAUCUCACAAAUGGGCUUCAGCCGGGGUGAUGUGCUGUCGGCGGUGAACAGCCUGCAGUCCUCCGGCAAGGCGCUUGACCUGAACACCAUCAUCGACAAACUAACGAGGGGCUAG